UUCCAACUGGCUUGACGACUACAACAUCUUGCAACAUACAAUUGCCCAAUUGCAACAUCUUGCGAUAACAUAGCUGUAAAUCUUAUAAACUUGCCAUCGUAUUCCAGAAUAAUUUCGCUUUGUCCCAUCUGAUAUCAUCAUCCAACCCCAGCUCAUCUCAUCACACCACAAUGGCUGCAGCACGUCCCACCGGUCUCAUCGCCAAGAAGGGCAUUGAGCUAUUGACCUUCGGUACCCCCAAUGGCUACAAGGCCAGUAUCAUCUUGGAGGAGCUGAAGGAGGCUUACGGGCUUCCCUUCGUGGUCCAGAGCAUCAACAUCAUGCAAAACAUUCAGAAGGAGCCAUGGUUCACAUCGCUCAACCCCAAUGGCCGCAUCCCUGUAAUCGUAGACCAUGACAACGAACAGCUUGCCGUCUUCGAGGGCAGUGCUAUUCUCAGUUAUCUGACCCGCAAGUACGACACUGAGCACAAGUUCUCAUUCGCCCUCUCGGACAAUGACUACACCCGAGCUGAGUCUUGGAUUGGCUGGCAGCACGGCGGACUGGGUCCCAUGCAAGGUCAAGCAAACCACUUUGUCAGAUUUUCCAAGGAAAGAAUCCCUUACCCCACACAGCGCUACGUCGGUGAGACGGAGAGACUGUUUGGCGUCUUGAACACGCACCUCGACAAACGGGACUUUGUCGUCGGCUCGGACCGUGGACGCUACACCAUCGCUGAUAUCUCAAUGAUUGGAUGGGUGCAAGGCGCUCCCAUGGCCGGUGUAGAUAUCUACCAGUUCCCGAACGUCAAGGCUUGGUUGGACAGGUGCUAUGAGAGACCUGCUGUCCAGCGCGGCAUCCAGAUACCCAGCUCUCCGUACAUGUCCGUCGCCAGCAUGGAACAGAGACUAAAGGAAGAGAAAGACCUUGUCGAGAGUGAAGCUGAGGUCAAGAAGCAGGUUGAUGAGGCGAAGAAGGCGUACGACUACGUCUACACGUCACCUUAGAUGGGAUUGAGGAAGUUAGGUCGCCUGUGACCUCUGUAAGGUGGUGUCGGAUAGGACUUCUAUACUAGAAACGAAUUGAAGCCUGAACUUGAGUUGGAUGGAGGAAUCUUUGGAUGAAGGCAAAUCCAAGUUGUGCCCAAUUUCAACUCGUCUAGUUUAAUUUAAGCCUUGC